AGCUGUGUGUUGGGCCAGCGCACGUUUUGAUUUCCAUUUCCACUUGCUGUUUGAUUUUGGAAAAUGGGAGGCCACCACAAGAAGAAUUUGCGUGCCGAGAAGGCCAAAGUAAAGCUCAAGGGAGCCAAACUGCCAAAGGGUCUGAAUGUGACCAAGACUGACUUCAAGGUGCGUAAGAUCGAGAUCCGUGAGCAGCUUAAGGAAACGUCGUACACCGAAACUGGUCUGCGGCAGUUCAACCUGAAGGAGACCCUGUCCCGACUGAAACAUCACAGCUUCAAGUUCCGCACGGAUGCCAUGCGCAAUGUACGCGAGUCGGUCAAGUCCGGCCAGGCCGAUCAUCUCAUCGGCCAUCUGAACGAGCUGUUCCAGGGCAUCGCCGCUGGCGCUCUCGACAUGGAGCGCAGUGUACGCCAGGAGUCCUUCAAGACACUCGAUGUACUGCUAGAGGUGUUGACUCCCCAGGCUGUGACGCCGUUUUUCCAUGUGAUUUCCACCUACCUCAAAUGCGCCAUGACCCACAUCCAUCCCACCAUUCAGGAGGAUUCCCUGCUGAUGCUGGACGUGCUGAUCCAGCGAGUGCCACCCUCACUGCUGGCGGAGCGCAGUGCCAGCACUAUUGUGGGAAACUUCAUUGACAUGAUCUCGCGCUCCCGUCACGACAACGAGAAGUCAAACCGUACGCUCACCAUGAACCUGGGCCACGGCAAACAGACGACCGUCAAGUGGCGGACCAAAGUGUUACUGCGCCUUCAGCAAAUUCUCGGCACAUUGGCGCAACACAGCGCCAAGACAGCCAGCACCAAGUAUCCAGUUCAUGUCGUUCAAUUUGAUGAAAACCGUCCCAAUUACUAUGGUCUGCUUAGCCCGUACGCGCAAGACACCCGCGACUUGUAUGCCAUGCUGCACGAGCCCAAGCUGAGCGCGGAGGGCACGCAGCUGCAGACGUAUGUGGAGCAACUGAUGCCCCUGCUGCAUGACACAUGGCUGGAGGUGAGGCCGCAACAACAGCAGCCUCUCCUCCCGCCGGAUGCCGCGGCCAGCCUCUACGUUGUGGUCAAGCUGAUAACCCAGCUGUGGACGCUCAUCAACCAGCAUGAGGAAGUAAACAGCACCAACGAGCUGAGCAUCUGGCUCAGGCAGAAUCAUUCUGAAAAGUUUCUAAAGAACUUCCUCGACCAGGACGGCCGACGCUUUCCCUACCAGCAGAUGCCCCAAACUCAGACGCAGAAGCAAGGCAAGAAGUUGGCCAAGGACAAGGGUCCAGCCGACGGCGGCGAACAGUGCCUUCCCCAGAACCUAGCCAUUGUCCAGAUUGCCUGCCAGUUCCUUCCAGAACCGAGCGAGCAGCAGGCUGUGGAAUUUUCCCAUCUGGUCCAGUACAUGAACGACACAUUGAAGCAUCUGCAAAAGCUAACGCCGGAGCACCAGUUGCCGCUGGUCGCCGCCCUACGUUCGCUGCUGCUGGAGAAUGCGCUGGCGCUGCUCAAUCUGAUACCAGACCAGUUGACGAGUCUCCUGAAUGCCUCUAUGCAGGCAUAUGUCGAGCAGCGCUUUGCCACACGCGAGGGCGUGGCCACCAAGAUGUUGAGUCUGCUGUGCGAGAUUGUGCAGACGACGGAUCUGUAUGCACGCUUUGGCGGCGAGAAGCGUUUCGCCAUCUUUCUUGGGUAUCUGCCGGAGCUGUUGCUGAAGCCAACGGUGGCCGAGGGCACGCUGCGUGCCAUGGCCACUCUUUGCCGCCAAAUGAACGGCUUCUUCAUGUCCGCCCUCGUCAAAAGCUCUGGUGAUAUCCUGGGCCACCUGUCGCAGCUUCAGGUUACGGGCAGUGCCCAAGGCGAUGACAAGCUAGAGAAUCAGAGGCGUGUUCUCAAUCUAUUUUACUAUGCUCGGACAUGUGACAAGAAAAACCAACUGAAGAAGGCUCUUAGGCAGCUGGCCAAGGCACAGCAGUCCACCGAUGAAGCUGGCGAUGGAGAUGAAGAUUCCCCCACAAAUGAUCAAAUCGUCAGCUACUUGAAGUCGGUGCUGGCCUAUGAUUAA